AUGAACAAUAUAGUAUUGAUUGAAUUGCAAGGAGAAUUAGAAAAGUACGGUGCUGACGAGUGGAAAGAUCUGUACGUUGGAAGAAUACGAUUUGAAGAGGGUGUCCCAAUUCUCUACGUCGAUCAUAAACGCAUAGAAGGUAAACUAGUGGAACUAAAAUCUCCACAUUGUAUCAUCGUCAAAAGGGCACAUUAUCCCCUUCCGUCGUCUCAAAAUCCGUCAAAAGCAGAGCUACAAGAUGUCGAGAUGACAGAUUAUUUAGAUGCCGGAGAGUCGGCGAAUAGUCGGACUAACGAAGGUGGUGAAUUGAAUGAGAAAAAUAAUGGGAAAGCAAAGAUUGAGUAUUGUGCUGUAUCUUUAAUAUGGAAAAAGUACGUGUUCACGAAGCGACCGUUGCCAGUGAUGGAUGCCAAGUGGAAAGAAACCUUGAACAUUCGUUAA